AUGCGGCACACGACAGUCUCGAUGCCUGCGAUACGCGUUGCUAGCAAGCUCGAAGACCUGGAGCUGGUCGUCCAGGCGUCACUGUUGCUCGGCUUGCCAGAGAGCCGGGGCCGCCUGACAAGUAGCGAUGAGCUACUGGACUUGGUCACGACGAAGCACCUGUGGAUCUGUCGAGCGGGCUCCUGUCACUUUAACGUCACCAUAUUGGUAGAAGGAGAGCCCAUUGCUGGAAUCGACGAGGAGGCUCGACUGGCCGAAUGGGUGGGAGAGUGCGAGGUUUGGGAUCGCCUGGGGCUUCGGCUGCAGUACUGUGGCAGCACCUCGCGUACGGGGUCGCCCGGAGAGAUGAUUUUUUCGAUCCAGCACCCCGACUUGUCGUCGGCCCUGAUCGCGCCGCAGGGAGCGCUCAGUGCGGACUUUCGAUCUUCGUCAUGCCGCAUCGACAUUUCUACCACGAGAGCGUCUCGUGCCUCGAAAGGUCGCAGACGAAAGAGGCAAAGGACAGAAGACGGGCUGGCUAGGACUGAGACGCUUCCCUCGGUAACCGCCCCGGACGAGGGUGAUUUCUACCACGGCCUGACCUACGCCGAUCGCAAGGCAGUCGAAGCCUUUGUCUUGAGCAUGGAUUUCGAGGCAAGUUCUCAACAGGAUAAGCAACGCGCGGAACAGGAGGAUACAAACUCCGCACGGCUAGUCGAGAGCCUCAUAGGCUCUAGCAGGGCGCGGGACUUGGUUCAAGUGGCCAUCAGAGUACUCGUUUGCGGGCAAAAGGGGCAACACAAAGAAUUCAUGAUCCUGCGGAGCAGUCCGUUGCAUUCCCUCGCCACUCUUGCCCCGGCGGUAUUCCACGUCCCAUACCUAAAGACGGUGUCGGAUCGCGCAAAGCUCCUCCCAAUAAUAGCCACGUCUUUGGCUCGAAUGACAAGUGCUGAGUCGCCAAGUCUGAGACAGGCCGUCGAGUCUUUGGGGGAGUCAACGCAGGUAUCUGUGGCUCGCGAAGACACCCAGACCACUCAUAUACCCAGAGACCAAGUUGUGGCUGGAAUCGAGAGAAGGGCGUAG